UUCUUAUCUACCUUGCUUAGAAUUGUAUUCCCAUCGGGCAGCAGCUUCAGUCAGCUUUGGGAAGCACUGGAUUCAAGCACAUGACCGGCCUGCAAUCACCAUCUGUUUCAGGGGCCUUCGACAAGUCAUCCCCCACACCUUUCCCCUCCAGGACUGGAUUGACAUCUGGAAACGUGGCUGAAGACUUAAAAGCUUACAUUGAUAAAAGUACGCAGCCAGCUGGUGGAGGAAAUAUGACAAGCCUCCAAGAGUGUAAAAUUGUGCCACAAAACCAUUCUCUUCCUGAGAAUGAUCUUAAGAAUGCAGUAUCUUCUUUGUUACCAAAGAAAGCAAGUGACAACUCACAUAUACCUAACUCUGAGUUGCUGCCUGUUCUGCAGAAUCUGUGUAGUCAAGUGAACCAUCUCCGUGUGGGACCCAACACCAAGUGGCAGGAAAGUAUCACCAAGCCCGGCGAAGGCACUGUUGGUGUUGCAAUGGAAGAGCAAUCCAUUUGUUCCUACUUGGAAAAGAUUCUUUCUAAAAAUAUGGAACUGAUGGAAAAGAAACUUAUGGACUACAUUGAUCAGCGAAUAUAUAAACUCCAGGAGCACAUAGAUAAUAAGAUUGCUUUGUUAGUGGACUUGCUGCAAAGUCCCAACUCCCCACCCUCUGGCAUGCCUCUAAGACAUUAUGACUCUGGAGAAAGACUUUCAAAUGGAGAAAGAUAGCACUGAACAUGUUCAAAGUACUACAGAUAUUUAUUACAUAUUUAUUACAAAGCCGAACCCCCCAAAAAAGUUUAUGAAAAGCAGGUAUUUAAUGUCCUUUGAAAUAUUACCACUUACUUAACGUGACCUCACUGUUCAUUUUUACUGCACUCAUGAAUCCAGUACUGUACACUGAGUUAACAUGAUAGGAUCAUAAGUUAUUUUUGUUUGCAAUAUUUUUCACUCUCAGUGAAAUUUAUGUAAACUUCUGGAUUAACUGUUUAAGAUUUUAAGGAUUUCUAAAGCAGUUCAUUAGUUCGUAUUGUAUGUGUUUCAUAGAAGUACAUUUUUUAUUUAUACAAAGACUUUAUAGUCUUAGGCGUCUGAAAAAUAACGCUUAGAGUAUUUGAUAAUUUUUCUUUUUCUGAUCAAUUGCUUUUGGAAAAUUGGAUACUUAAGACCUUUAAUUCAAAUCACUAGUUUACAUUUUGUAUUGUUCUUCUCAGUUAAUGAACAAGGUGCAGUGUUUGGCAUGUGUAAAAUGAGUUUACACUGAGGUUAAUAUUAUUUGUUUCAGUACAGUGUAGCAGUACAUAGGGAAGUAAAAAUCACAACUAGCCUAUUCCCUGUUAGGAAUAUUAUUUUAGAUUUAAUGUUUGAUGUAAAAUGAGAGACGUCAUCUUGUUUUAUCUCAGUCAACCCAGAAAAUAUAAGGAACUAUUUCCCUUUCUGAGAUGAUACAGGUUCCUCUUUCCAGAACCUUCUUCUAUAUGUUUAAAGUGUGAAAUUCUGAGGUUCUGCUUUGAAGGGUUAGGCAUAUGAAUCAAGGAGAUUGCAAUUCUCUCAGGCAGACUUAAUUUUUGGAAAUUAUAACUAUUGUAUAUGUGUUGAAGGGUGAUGUAUUUGCAUUUAAAAAAUAAAUGUAUCCACUCUGGAAACUACUUGUCUAAGUAAAUACAAAUUUUUAAUUUUCAACUAAUCUUUGCUUAAAAUGCUGUAUUUUUAUGAAAAAGGGUGUUUCACAAUUGAUAUUUUGGUCAGUUCGUUAAAAUGAGGGCUAAUUUGUAUACUCUUUGUUAAUUUGUAUCAUACUACAAAGGUGACACAGUAUAUAGAACAUACUGUCACUAUAGCCACUUGAAAAUUUGCAUAUUUUUCUAGUCUUUUCUAAUUUAUGGGACAUUCACAACAUACAUAGCUGUAAGAUAGUAUUUCCUUUGUUGUUCAGGAGAAAUCUGUCUCACUGCAAGCUGAACCCUUUAGUUAAGUUUUACAGCUUCUGGUGGUUGUAGUCUGUUGAUUUACAAAAUGCCUCCUUCCAGAUACAUGAUUCAUCUUACAAGUCUCAUCUUGAUUACAUCUGAAACAGAAAUAUGGUCAUGUCAAAAAGAUGUAUAAAGGUACAAUAUUGAAAAGAGAUGAUACAAAAUAUUCUUCAAUUAAAUUUUCCAGUUUGUAGAAGCCAAAAUCUCUCUAAAGAGACAAAGUCUUCAGUUCAGACUAACGUAAGCUAAGACUUUGGAUUUGCAAGAUAGCAAAAUUCCCCUAAGCCUGAAUUUCUGAGUCCACAUGAAUUAAUUUAAAAAAUGAUACCUAUAUUAGAAUUUGAAUACUUUUCCUCACCUGCUUGCCAUUAUUAAUGUGCAGUAUGGUGGUCCAGUUAAAAUCCAUUAGCUUAAACAGUCAGCUCUACCCACCACCAGUCCCUCCCAUCAGGAAACUUGCACAAGCCUCUUAGAUAGCCUCAUCCACCAGAGGGCAGACAGCAGAAG